CCUCCCUCCGGCGACAGAAGCCUUUAUAACUGCUCUGCCCAGCCAAGGCGGGAUCCGUGUCCCGGGACGUGCCCAGAAGCCAAGAGUCGCGGUCUCUCUCUCCCCUCCCACGCGCGAGUCGCAAGUUCUAGGUUCACCCCCAGCGCCCGGCACCCAGGACCAGCCAGAAUGACUACCCCGAAAACUGCCCCUAGCGGCUGCCGCUCUGACCUGGAUUCCAGGUACCACAGACUCUGCGACCUGGCUGAAGGCUGGGGCAUCGCCCUGGAAACGCUGGCUGCAGUCGGGGCUGUGGCCGCAGUGGCCUUCAUGUUUGCACUCUUGAUCCUCAUCUGCAAAGUGCAGGACUCCAACAGGCGAAAGAUGCUCCCCACCCAGUUCCUGUUCCUCCUGGGAGUGCUAGGGAUCUUUGGCCUCACCUUCGCCUUCAUCAUCAAGCUGGAUGGGGCCACGGGACCCACACGCUUCUUCCUCUUCGGCGUCCUCUUUGCCAUCUGCUUCUCUUGCCUGCUGGCCCAUGCUUUCAACCUGAUCAAGCUGGUCCGAGGGAGGAAGCCCAUGUCGUGGCUUGUGCUCCUAAGCCUGGCGUUGGGCUUCAGCCUGGUCCAGGACGUCAUCGCCAUUGAAUACCUGGUGCUCACCAUGAACAGGACCAAUGUCAACAUCUUUUCUGAGCUGCCCGCCCCUCGGCGCAAUGAGGACUUCGUCAUGCUGCUCAUCUAUGUGAUGUUCUUGAUGGUGCUAACCUUCUUCACAUCCACCUUCACCUUCUGUGGAUCCUUUUCUGGCUGGAAGAGGCACGGGGUCCACAUUUGCCUCACCUCUUUCCUCUCCAUCGCCGUCUGGGUAGCCUGGAUCGUCCUGCUCCUCAUUCCUGACAUUGGCCCUGAGUGGGAUGACACCAUUCUCAGCACAGCCUUGGUUGCCAAUGGCUGGGUUUUCCUGGCGUUUUACAUCCUCCCUGAGUUCCAGCGGCUCCCAAGGCAGCGCAGCCCCACAGACUACCCGGUUGAAGAUGCUUUCUGUAAACCUCAACUCAUGAAGCAGAGCUAUGGUGUCGAGAACAGAGCCUACUCCCAAGAGGAAAUCACCCAAGGUCUUGAGGAGAUUGGGGACACACUCUAUGCGCCUUAUUCCACUCAUUUCCAGCUGCAGAACCGACAAAAGGAUUUCUCCAUCCCAAGGGCCCAGGCCCUGGCCAGUCCAUACAACGACUACGAAGGACGGAAAGGGGACAGCUAACUGUGGAGAAGAGUGGGACAGUGAGAGUCAGGCAGCAGGUCCAGCCAGGAGUCCUGCAGGUGUGACCGGAUCCGGAGCAUCCUGGGGAAGCCGAACCCGAGGGGCCUGCUGCCCGCCCGUACUACUGUCCCUCCGCCGGGGGCGGCCGCGGCUAACGGACUGCUUCUUCCCCUGGGCGCCAGGGUUUUCAUUGGUCCCAUUCUUAGGAUUCUUCUUGGAGGUGGACUCUUACCUCUCCCAGGAGUAUGAGCAAACCUCCGCUCAUCCGGCUACUCACUGGCUUGUUCAUCCUUGGGAGGCGGGUUCCGUGAGCACCACUCGGCACAGAUGAGAGAACCGCAGACCUGGACAACCUCAGAAAGGUCCGGUUCUCCGCCCUGCCCGCCUCAGUUCACACUGGAAGCUAACCUGGCUGUGCCCCUCCCAGCCCUUCCUGCCUGGGGAGGAGAGGUUAAAGGUCACCAAGUGUCUGCUCUCAGUGCCCUGCCCCACAAUGGCCUCGACAGUGUAGACGCUGACUUACAAGGGCAACCAACUGUCCUCAUCUCAUCUCCAAACUUGCUGCCAGCCCCGGACCUCUGCGGACCUUGCCGGGAGCUCUUCUGGAUGUUACUGGAGUAGACAAGGCCUGUGUUCUCCCUGCCAGGAAAAUUUGGGUUUGUUCGUGCCGCAAAUGCCUUGCUCCUCGGCCUCAUUCGCCCUGACCUCUCUGAGGGGGCAGUGUCUGUUCUCCGGGUGGGUUGCAUUCGCUGUGUGUUAAGUUAUUCACCUGGGUAUGCAAUAAAGAUGUGAUGGAAACUCUUCUUAAAUUAAA